UAGUUAGCAGGUAGGCAACAGCUGUGACAUCAGCUGUCCCAUCCUUGAGUAUUCUAUGGUAUCCUGGAGAGCCCUGUCAUCUCCUGUGAUGUCACCAGUGUUGCUGUGAUACCAACAGGCUAUGGGGCAUUUAUUCAGUGCCUUUAUGGUUAACCUAUAGACAUGGUGGCAACAUGAAGCAAACUACUUGGAAAAGAGAAUGGAGAGCGUAGAGAGACUAGACAGAGGCAGAAGGAACCUUUGGUACUUUUGUCAAACAGCAAGAGACAAACCUCCUGGGAAUGUUGAGUCUUGGCAGGGGAUGGAGUGCUUCCUGCAGGAGAAUGCAGACCUUUGAUGAUGUGCAUAUCAACUUCACUUGGGAAGAGUGUACUUUGCUGGAUCCUUCCCAGAAGAAUCUAUACAAAGAUGUGAUGACUGAAACCUACAGGAACAUCACUAUUAUAGGCAUGAAAGAAGUCAAACUGGAGAGAAGAAACCUUUCAUAUAUACUGAAUUGGGUAAAACCGUUGUAUAUGAGAGUCAUCUUCAAAGGCAUGGAAGUGCACCUAUGGGAAAGAAACGUUUUCAAUGUAAUCAGUGUGUUAAAGCCUUUGCUCAUCGCACUAAUCUUUAAAGGCAUAAAAGAAAAAAUACUGGAGAGAAACCCUAUGAAUGUAAUCAAUGUACUAAAGUCUUUGUGCAACACAGUACUCUUCAAAAGCAUAAAAGAACACAUAAUGGUGCAAAAAAAAACUCUGAAUGUAAUCAGUGUGAUAAACCCUUUGCCAAACACAGAACUCUUCAAAUACAUAAAAGGACCCAUAUUGCAGGGAAACCUUAUAAAUGUAUUUAAUGUGGUAAAGCCUUUGGAAAACAUUGUCAGCUACAAAUGCAUUUAAGAACAUGUACUGGAGAUAACCCCUAUGAAUGUAAUCAAUGUGGUAAAGCCUUUGCAUAUCACCAAACUCUUCAAAUGCAUGAGAGAUCACAUACUGGAAAUAAACCCUAUGAAUAUUA